AUGACUGUAAGUUAUUUUUUGGUUUUGGCCCAAAAGUCCUCGGAUUAUCUGUAAAAAAUACUUUAAUUAUAAGCCUACAACAAUAUUUUUUCAGCUUUUUGCCCCUGUCGUUCUUGCCAGUCGAUAUGUAGGUUAAAUAUCAUUUUUUUUCGAUAUUGUAUUAGGUUAAAGUAUCAUAAACAAGCUUUUAGCCUUUUUAAAGCUUAAACCGUAAAAAUAAGCCUAAACUACGUUUUUAAACCUAAAUUACAACGUUUAGGCAACUCACAUUCCAAUCCAGAUGCUUUUGGUCAGUUUCAUCAUUCUCUGUUCCCUUCGUAUCUACAUUGCUGUUAUGAAUAUACGAAAGUUCCAAAAGAAGCUCAAGGCCUGUUAUGUGCAUCCGAUUCUCAUGGCCGAUGAGUAUUAUGACAACGAAAGCAAAUCCAAAUCACAGGACGGGAAAACCGCAUCUCAGUCCGGUGAAGUCACCAAAUCGGCCGAACACACUAGUCCAAAUGGCAGCGGUACUUCUGGAACUGGUGCUAACAGUACUGCUGCUUCAUCGGCUUCAAACAAAAGCUCUGGAAAAUUGAAACCGUUGACUGUAGUACCAUUACAUAAAAGAACAAAGUCUUCGAGCAGUGGUGGAACCACCGGAUCGUGA